UACUGUAAUUAUAAUUUAACCUUUCAUUUAUAAUAAUAUAUUUCCAUUCUGGUAACACCCUAUCAACGCACUAACAAAAGUUAGCCUGACCCAAGAUCUUGUCCAUGCUUCAUGUCGUACUAAACUUAUCUAACAACAUCUUCAUUCAAUUCCUACUAAUUUAUCUAGCAAGAUCAAGGAGAGGUUACCAUCCAGAUACAACCUUCCCCUUCAAUCUCACCAUGUUUUGUAAACUCUCCGUUACGGGGGAGGAAUACACUGGUCACAUGAGCGAGACACGUGGGGGUCACAAAUGUAUGCAAUGGAGCAAACAGCGACCCCAUGAACACACCCUAGGCUCAACAGAUAGAGAAUUCAUAGAUGGUUCCGUCAAGGCUGCCAAGAAUUACUGCCGGAAUGUCAAUAGUGACCCUUUAGGACCUUGGUGCUAUACGACCAAUAAGAGAGUAGAAUUUGACUACUGCGAUGUUCCUGUAUGUAGUGAGCAAGAGUGUAAGAGAAGAUUUGAAAUGACUUACUUUGAUGUGACAGCACAAGAAUUGUCUCACAGUUUGAGUUUUUUCAUUAUAUGUAUCACAUAUGUUCAUUGUACAUUGUGGCACAGUGUUCAUUGUUCAUUGGAGUGCAUAUGUCUUCAUUGUAGCAAUAAGUGUUCAUUGUUGCAAAUAUGUUGUCAUUGUCGCAAUAAGUGUUCAUUGUUGCAAAUAUGUGUUCAUUGUAGCAAUAGGUUGUUAUUUUAGCAAAUAUGUGUUCAUUGUAGUACUGGGUUAAUGUUGUUAUUGUAGGAAAUGUAUUUUUAUAGCACAUAGGUGUUCAUUUCAGCGCAUAGGUGUUCCUUGUUGCACUGUGUACUAUGUGAGCCAUUUCUACAAAUAGUGCUCAUUGGAGCUUGAAUGUACAAUGACAUCUCACUAUACAUGUUAUAAAGUGACGUUAUUAUGCCUAACAAUGGAUCAUUCAAAAUGCACCUGUGUUUCAUAACAGCACAAGUUC